CUUCGUGGAGAAUUCCUUGCUUGAUGUACGCGAAAGAAAUUCGAUGGCUAUUACGCCCAAUACAUAUACAAAGUCACACGCCGUUCGCGGUAGACCCACAAAAAAACUUGUGGAGCGUUUUAGGAACGGGUCGGUCCGCAAACUUUACGAGAGAUCAAUUUACGAGCGAUCCCUUGCAAGUGAACCUUCUAAUAAUCGAGGAAUAUCAAGCGAAACCUGCUAUAUCAAACAAGCUAUCUCAUAUUAUGUUUACAUAUAAACACAACCGUGUGUUUAGACGUGAUCGAGAAGCCAGUAAAAUACCAGAAGAGCGUAUUCGUCCAAGCAUACCGAAGUCCUCUUGGCUACGUCGUUAUGUGAAGCAGACAAAAAUACACGCGAGUAGACUUGUUCAUGACCGGCAAUGACGAAACUGCGUGACAACAGGUACAAUAGGGACCUUAAGAUACCCUGGACGCGGCCAAGGACGACGUGAACCGGAAGUAAAUUCGCAAGGUCUCAGUUUUAAUUUGCAUAAAUGUCACGCCACUUGACGGCCACCACCUCAGUUGCGGCGGCGACGAAGUUUAUUUUGGCGGCCUCUCAGAAAGAUUUACCGAGCAUAUAGAGGGUUUUUGUGUAAACGUCAAGUCUUCAGAAAGGAAUCCGAAAAGCAGUAUGGCAAUGGAAUGGACAAACGACCACGACAUUGCUCUUGCUCGGGAGGUUUUGUUAUUGGAACCGUACCGUCACAAGGCGAGGACAGUUGAAAGAGGAAAAGUGUGGCAAAAAGUAGCCGACAACCUCAAUUCGCAUGCCAUAUUAAGGUUUCUUGUCACAAAGAAAUCGGUGAGGGAGCAUCUUAAGCUUUUACUGGACAAGUAUCGUGCAAGAAUGCAGAAGGAACGGAGAGAUAGUGGAGUGGAAGUGGAGGAAACAGAGCUGGACCGAGCCCUCGAGGAAAUCAACGAGAAGUGGGAAGCAGCUGAAGAACAAGAUAUAUUAUUGUUGAAUAACAAGAAAAAGACAGAGGAAGACAGAGCGAUGGGAGAGGAGGUCCGAAAGAGGGCGUGCGAAAAGCUGAGUGAAACGAUGAAACGGAAAGGAGAAGGUGAGGGUUCGUCAGAGCCGUCGAAGAAAAGGUCAAGAAAGGGUGGCAAUGAUACAAUAGAGUUUCUGAGGGAAAAAGCAAACAUUGAUAUGGCAAUGAAACAAGAAGAACAGAAAGCCAGAAGGGAAGAGCACGAGCGACAAACAAGGCUUUAUGAACUAGCACUUGCUAAUCAACAACAGCAGCAACAACAGAGCAAUCAACUCAUGAGUUUGAUGUUUGGCCUCAUGCAACAAAUUGCAGGAAGAAAAGACAGUUAAUCUUGACAUGAAAGCAUUCCAGAGAAUAUACUUUAAUGUUUACUUCAGAGUGCUUGUUUCUACUUAGUUCAACAGUUACGUCUUGAAGUUUUGACGACUUGUUAAGUUUGAAAAGCUUGAUGGCAUUUUGGGAUGGAAUUCCCUUUUGUGUUCUUUGUUGUCUACAUGUAUGGUAACAACAAUAAAAGCCAUUGAUUGUUCUUUCA